UCAACAACAACGGGAACGAGCAACGCGACAACGCCAAAGACAAUUUCAAUUAAAUACGAAAAUGCAAUAACAAACAAAAAUAUUACCAAAAAAGCAACAACAACAACUAUAAUAUGUUUGUUGGCCUGUCUCUUCCUCUAUUCGCCGCCGUGAGAGUCGGCUGCGUAAAAACAGCAACAAAAAUAUUCAAGCGGCACAUUUGCAUAGCUCAGCUCAGUUGUUGCGAUCGCCCAAUGGUCAUAGGAAGUCAUCCUCAAGAGCAUCAGUUUUGAAAUGAAAACAAUUUUGGGAUUUUUUUUUGUUUUUGCAAAAAACAAAACAAAAACAUUGUGAUGAAAAUAAGUGAUUAAACAACAUGUUUCAAAGUGGAAAUUGUCAAAAGAAAUACAAAAUCGCCUAAUUAUAUGACGUCACAUUUACUAUGAUCUACCUGCCAGGGUAUCGCCUAGCCAAGGCGGGGAAGUGCAAAGUGAUGGUGUUUUUUUAUUUUUAAUUUGGCUGUCAAGUUUUAUUGUUUGUUUUGAUUGACUGCAAGCCACUUCAAGCGUUCUACAUCAACAUCAAAAACAACUACAAACGACGACAGACGUCAGAUUUUCAAAAACAAAAAAAGGAAAAAAAAGAGCAGACGAUAGCCAAAAAAACAUAAAUACAACGAGGAACACAAAGCGCCAUCCAAAACAAAAUUAAAAAAAAAUAAAUAAAACAAAAAAAGAAAAACUACAUUUUCAUUCAGUGCCUGAUCUAAAUUUGGCAAAAAAAAAAAAAAAACAAAAAUAAAAUAAAUUAAAAGAGAAAAAAAAACUUAAAAUUGGUAAAAAGAACAAAGCAAAAAACAUAAAAAUAAAAGAGAAAAAAAUUAAAAUUGAUAGAACAAAAAAAAAAUGUGUGACGCACCGCUUCAGAACUUCUUCCUCACGACCAGCAAGCAAUCGAAUAACCCAGCCCUUAAAAUAUCCUCCAGAAUCAUUGCCUAUGAGAAGAUCUAAGCUUAAAGAAGAUUUGAAGAAGAUAUAUAAAAGCUGCGAGAUACAGCUGACCCCGAAGAGGAAUAUCUCAAUUUGCUGACGAGACAGAGAGAACGAGAGAAAGAAAGAGAGAAAUCUGAAGCAAAUCCCCUUUAAAAAAGGACAAGAAAAAAGAGAAAGAAAGUCAAAAAGAUAGUGAGAUAUCAGACAAAGGCUCGCUUUAAUAUUUCCUUAAUGAAGGAAUAAAAAAUCUGUGCUCAAUUUUUUCAUAAGACAAAGGAAAAAGAACGAACGUCUUAAGAGAGUCGUUAAGAAACUCCUCAAACCAAAAAAAAAAAACAAAGGGAGGAGACAAGAAAAGGCCAAGAAACCCUGUUUUCCCCGAGAAUCAACCAAUCAACAAAGUACAAUAAUUUAAAAAAGGAUCUUAAAUCCAAAAACCAACAACAAAUUAUCUACAAAUACCCCAAAAAUUGCUGAAACUUAUUGUGUUCAAUUAGAGAGAGAGAGAGUGAGAGCGAUAAACAAAAGCAACUUCGUACUUUUUUAUAAGAGAAUAAAAAUAAAAAGAAAAUUGAAAACUCACAAUAAAAAUUAGAAGGAAAACUACAUUUUCCCCAACACCACCACAAAGUAGUUCCAGGAGAUACCCACACACACACCCCAACCUCCUCUCCGCCCACAUGGAAAGCAGUUGUAAGAUUUCAACAAAAAUGCUUGACCUGAACUCAACUUCAAAUGCUGAAGCCCUAACGCCAGCAUCCCGUACUGGGGAUGUUACAACGCCCCUGAUAACAAAAACAAACCUACCUCCUGCCGCCACCUCCGUCGUUACACCCGCUGCCAAUCACAACAACAACAACAGCAAGACCAAGCUUAACGGCAGCAUUUAUCAGCCGCUGGCCGCCACACCGCUGAACACGAAAACCGACGACACCUCCCUGCUGGGGGUGGCCACAUCGGCCAAAACCACACCCCUGAACAAGUCCAUCAAACAUGACCUCUUUCCGGAGGUGACCUUCUGUAAUCUCUCCUCCACAGAGGAUCUGGGAGAACGUUCCUCGCGUCAUCUCAAGAACAGCAUUAUCAACAUCAGCGAUGUGAACGGUACGCUGAACAACACCUCCAGCUCCUCCUCCACCAUGGCCAAUGGCAGCAAUGUCAAGAAGCGCAAACGCUUGAUAUCCAACGAAUCCGGCGAUUCAAUAGAAUCGGGAUUGAGCGAAAAGAAGAAACCGGAAAUGCCGGAUGGUGGCUAUGGCUGGGUGGUUGUCUUUGCCUCUCUGGUGGUGUCGCUCAUCGCCGAUGGUUUAUCGUUUUCCUUUGGCCUCAUCAACACCGAGUUGUUGGCCUACUUCGGAGAAAGUCCCUCGAAGACUGCCUGGAUUAGUUCCCUGUUCUUUUCGGUGCCACUGCUAAUGGGCCCCAUCUGGUCCAAUCUGGUGGACAAAUAUGGCUGCCGCAAAAUGACUAUUCUCGGAGGUCUGGUGUCGGCCAUUGGCUUUGGCCUUUCCUCGAUUUGUAAUUCCGUCGAAAUGCUCAUGGUCACCUUUGGCAUAAUUUCCGGCCUGGGCCUCGGCAUUGGCUAUGUUACGGCCGUAGUUUCCAUCGCCUUUUGGUUCGACAAGAAACGGACAUUUGCCACCGGUAUUGGUGCCUCGGGCACCGGUAUCGGUACCUUCCUCUAUGCCCCGUUAACUCAAUUGCUGAUAGACAACUACGGCUGGAGAGGUGCUACUCUGAUCCUGGCCGGCACCAUGUUGAAUGCCUGUGUCUGCGGUGCUCUGAUGCGUGAUCCCGAUUGGUUGAUUGAGGAGAAUCGCCUGGAGAGUCGUUCCCAAAGUGUUACCACAUUUUCCAAUUCCAGUGUGUGUCUGGAGGAGAUCAAGAAGCUGCUGGACACUGGAGCCACCAAGGAAUAUGUGCUGGACACUCUGGUGACGAAGAACAACACCGAGGCCAAUCAACAAAUUGAUGAUCCCCAUGAGGGCCACAUGAAAAAGUAUCGUAGUGAGUUGUUCCUGCCCACGUUUCUUGGAUCGCAGGACUUGGAUUUGGAUCUGUACGAAGUGAAGAGUAUGAGUCGCCGUUCGCUGCGUCACAAAGAGGGUGCCGAAGCUCCCUCAAGGGAAAAUCUCCUGAGCAUGUCAUCAGUCGGCAAUCCCUGUAUGAAUACCACGGCAGCGGUUAUUGGCUCCCCGGAUGACACCAUGAUGGGUGGCAUACCCUCAGAGGUGGCGGAAAAUGCCAAACGUCACAUCUUGGCCUCCAUUGAAACGCUUUCGCCUUCCGAGAAGCGCUCCUCCAAUGACAUACCUCGCUCGCCCAUGAACACCUCCCUGGCAUCGCUGCGUUCGUCCAUCGAUGAGGGUUAUCUGACCCAGAAGUAUUCCCGGGAGCACAAUCAACACAGUGCCGACCACUAUGCUAUUUCCCGCUACUCGCUCAACGAGAACAUUUUCUUUGCUGCCAAAAACAUGUCAGCCUCCUACAAGGAUUUGCGGGUCAAUGGCUAUCGCCACAAUUCCGUGGACAUUCUCAAUCCAGAGGUUCAUUCCUAUUUCAGCUGUGCCAAAGACGAGGGUGGCGCUGCCCUGAUUGAGGCCAAUCUACGCAAACACAAUGAGCUGGCCGGCGGCAUGAUGCGUAACGGAGCAGGAGCAGCAGGUGGUCCGGCAAUAAUACAAAUUCCCGAAAACGAAACGCUGUUCGGCCAACAGCAGCAGACAAAUAAAACGCUUUUGAAACGCACCCGCACCGACAGCAUCACCGGCAUGCGCCGCCUCUCCAAGUCACGCAAGCCCACCUAUCGUUCGAAUCUACGCCGGAAUAUUUCGAUACGUAAUUCCAAUUUUCUCAAGGAUAUGCGUAUCCAUCGAAAUUCGAUACAUUAUCGUGGUGCUAUGCUGAAUACACAUCGGUAUCGGCUGAGGGCCUCAUCGUGUCCGAACAUCUAUCGGAAUUCAAUGACCACCAUUGCCAAAGAAGAUGAAGAUACGUGGUAUGACAAUCUCAUCGAUACAAUGAAAUCAGUUUUCGAUUUCUCACUAUUUAAGGACAUUAAAUUUACGUUAUUUAAUUUAUCAACAUUAUUCCUAUUUAUUUGGUUCAUUAUACCCUACCUUUAUUUGCCCGAGUUUAUGAGAAAAUAUGACUACGAUGCCAAUGACAGUGCCCGUUUAAUAUCGGCGAUUGGUGUGGCCCAAACGAUUGGCAUGAUUGGUUUGGGUUACAUUGGUGACUGUUCCUGGAUGAAUGUCAAUGUCUGCUAUUCGGGUUGUAUGCUACUUUGUGGCCUUUCGGUGGUGCUGAUGCCGUUGGUUGUAAGCAGCUACAAUAUGCUGUUGACCCUGUGCAUUAUUUUCGGUUUCACCUUUGCCAGCUCAUUUUCAUUUACGCCUAGUAUUUUGGUUAGUAUAGUUGAUCUAGACGAUUUCACCUGUGCCUAUGGUCUGGUACUGUUGGUGCAGGGUGUCGGCAUGAUUGCCGGGCCACCAAUAGCUGGUGCUAUUUUUGAGGCAACCUUAAGAUGGGAUGACACAUUUUAUUUUGCCGGUGUCUUUAUAGCUUUGUCAGGUAUUUUGUCAUAUCUGAUUGAAUUCUGUGAAAAGAAAGUCAAAGAAAGUGAUAGCGAUGUUUCUGAAUUGAAGAAAAUUAACCUCAUACAUUAAUAAGUUUGUAAGCGAAAGCAAAUCACAAAACAGAGAAGAAAAAAAAAACAACUACAAAAAUUAUUAAAACUAAAAACACAUAACUUAUGUUAAUAAAAAAAUAACUGCAGCAACAAAACAAAUUAAUAAUAGAAAGAAAAAAAAAACUAAACAAAUGUCGAUUAUUAUUGAAAAAAAGCUAAGCAAAACAAAUGUAGUUCUAAAAAAAAAAAAAAACAAAAACAUAACCACACUUUUCAUUUAGAAUACACAUACUUAGAAGAGGGGGAGGUCAUCAAUCUAUGGAGAGAUUUUCAAGGAGGAAAACGGGAUUUGGAACCUAAUAUUUCAUCUCUACCUAUUUUCUCUUGAAACUUUCUUCUAGAUGUCAUUUCCCAUAAAUCUUCUAAAACUCACACACACACACACACACACACACAUACAUAAACAUAAACACAUAGAAGAGUCAAUCAAUUAAUUAUCUUUAGUAAAAUUGAAAAGUUAAGUAGUUCUUAGUAAUUCUUUGUUCGUUAUGCCCGAUUCAGCCCAAUUAUGAAUAUCCGAGCGUAGCAUUCUAUUCCCACGGAAAGUGCAUUAUUUUUUGGAAAGGUAUUUUGGCCAAUCACGAAUAAAUGAGAAGAAACAAUUGGUAAAGAUGGCAAUGCGAAUGGGUCUUAUUUUCGUAUCGUGUGAAACCUAUUUGUGGCACAAAGACCUAAAAUGGUAAAGACUGGACAAAAUGCAUUCUGGACAGAUGGUUUGUGUCUGUAACAGCCCAUGGCAGGACCAUGUAAAUAUAAACAAGUAAAAAAUAUUACUUUUAAUACCCUCCACCUUAGGGUAAAGGAAACAUUAGAACCCAUCAGGACCUACAAAUACCAAUUUUUAGACAUAUUCAUGGGAAAAUGUGCCAAAAGUCAUCAAAAUACGGAAUAUCGGGAGGUACCGUUAUAUGGGGGCUAUACCAAAUCAUGGACCCAUACAUGCAAUGUUUCGCCACCGGAGCUGGAACCCAUUAUGACCAGCAAAAUACCAAUUUUUAGACAAAUCCGUGAAAAAAUGUUGCCAAAAAAAUUAAAAUACCGAAUAUCGAGAGAUACCGUUACAUGGGGACUAUACCAGAACGUCAACCGAUAUAUCAUUUUCAAUACCAACCAUCCUAGACACAAUACAAAUUGCUCUGCUAAAUUUUGGCGCUCUAUGUCAAAUAAUGUGGGCUGUAUUGUGAUUUCAACAGACAGACAGACCGACAUCGUUAAAUCGACUUAGAAUUUUAUGCUGGGGUCUACGACGAAUAUUUAAGGAUGUUACAAACGGAAUGACAAAGUUAAUAUACCCUCCUUUCCAAGGUGGAGGGUAUAAAAACACAUUUACAAAAGAAAUGACAAAUUAAACUUUGAAAAAUCCUAAAAUUGGGUUUCAAAAUUCUAUUCCAUAGACUUUCCCAAUUAAUUGCAUAAUGCCUGAGUGGGUUAAAUCGCAUAACAUUGCUAAAUAUGUUGUUACGAUAUCAUAACACUGUGGUCAGGAUAUUAUUUUUUUGUGCAUUUCUUUGUAACAUGGAGAAGGAAGCGAGAUAGACCCAUAGUUACUUUUUUUUGAGGAUCCUCAUAGCAUCACUUUCUGAGUCGAUUUAUGCAUGUCAGUCCGUCCGUCCGUCUGUUCAUGUACAUUUGUGUAUAUUUAUUGUCCGAUUGAGAUGACAAUUUCCAAACAAUGUUUGUUUGGCCCAAGGACGAACCCAAUUGGUGAGAAUCGGUUCAAAUUUAGAUAUAACUCAGAUAUAAUACCAUCAACCGAUUUCGGCUUAAUUGUGCACCAAAUUGCCAAUAUCAGUCCAAAUGACCCGAAUUUGGGCCCAUCCGACUGAAUUUAGGCUCGAAGCAAGUACAUCAAAUUUGGAGAAAAUCGAUUCAGAUAUAGCCAUAGCUCCCAUAUAUAUGUUUCAUUCGAUUUGGGGCUUUAAGGCCCUCACAUGCGUAAUAUGCACUUCACAAGAAUGAUAUUCGGUACCAAAUACCUUAUGGAACUCAAAAAUACCUCCGCGAAAUUUUAUCGAGAUCGGAUCAGAUUUGGAUAUAGCUCCCGUAACAUGUAAUAUCAGCCUAAAUUGAAUGGCUUUUUUCAUAUUCAACCGAAUUGCACCAUUUGGUGAAACUCGGCCCUCGAUAUAUCUAUUGCUCCAAUAAAUAUUUUUUAAUAUAGUCCUUAUCGAAGACAUAUCAUGCACUAAACAGCAAUGUUAUUUGAUUCAGAGUUGGUGUGAUGAUCCACUUCACAUAAAUUCCUAAUACAAACUGUAUUGUUACGGGAGAAUUUUGACCUUUCCUUACUGUUUUUUUUUUUUUUUUAUUAAAAUUAAGCAAUUUAAACCAAAAUAAUUUACAAUAUUAGGUUUCGAAUAUAUGUGUCGAAUGGACAACAUGUAUCUGUGGAGCAACAUAAAGGUUUCAAAAUACAAUCUCGAAUGGGAAAUUUUGAACAACUUAUCUUAGUCACUUUAAAAAAAUUGUGAUAAAAUCCAAAAAUAAUUUAAAAACAAUGUUUAUAAAAAUUCAUUGAAAGUGUGGUAGAAAUUAUUGUUCUUCAAAAGAA